AUGGAGGGGUUGCUGCACUACAUUAACCCAGCGCAUGCCAUCUCUCUGCUCAGCGCUCUCAACGAAGAGCGCCUCAAGGGGCAGCUGUGUGAUGUGCUCCUGAUUGUUGGAGACCAGAAGUUCCGAGCUCAUAAGAAUGUCUUGGCUGCCAGCAGUGAGUACUUUCAGAGUUUAUUCACAAAUAAGGAAAAUGAGUCGCAGACUGUCUUUCAGCUGGACUUCUGCGAACCAGACGCCUUUGACAAUGUGCUGAACUACAUCUAUUCCUCGUCCCUGUUUGUGGAAAAGAGCAGCCUUGCCGCUGUGCAGGAGCUGGGCUACAGCCUGGGGAUCUCCUUCCUGACCAACAUUGUCUCCAAAGCCCCACAGGCCCCCUUCCCAGCCUGUCCUACUAGAAAAAGAGUGUCCAUAGAGGAUGAAGAGACCAGUUCUCAAAAGAGAAGUGUCAUCGUGUGUCAGAGUAGAAGUGAAACACAAGGGAAAGCUGCUGGUCAGAAUCCACCUGAUCUGAGCCAUGCUUCCCGGCCCUCACCAAGUAUUGCAGCCAAGACCAGUACCAAUAAACCGGCUCCGAAGCCAACAGAACCACUUCACAAUCUGUCAUUAACUGAAAAGAGCUGGCCAAAAGAGAGUAAUGCAGGGUUUUCAAAGUCUCUUGAGCAUUCUGGGUCUUUGGAUGACCCCAGUAAAAGCACCUUGGUGAAGAGGAAUGCAGUGCUGCCCUCGAAGUCUCUGCAGGACAGAGACACCGUGGACGAUAAGCCAGGGGUGAGUGGUCAGCUUCCCAAGGGAAGAGCUAUAGAGCUGGCCUUGACAAGACCACGGCCGCCUGUUUUGUCUCUCCGCAGCUCAUCAGAGACUCCCUAUCUCUUAAAAGAAAGUAACAAAGGAAGUGGUCAAGGUGAAGAUAGGAACUUGUUGUACUACUCCAAGUUAGGCUUAGUAGUCCCGUCCAGUGGGUCUGGUUCUGGAAACCAAAGCAUUGACAGAAGUGGCCCACUUGUUAAGAGCCUCCUCAGACGGUCAUUGUCAAUGGAUAGCCAGGUUCCUGUCUACUCACCCUCCAUAGAUUUGAAAUCUUCCCAGGGAUCUUCUGCAGUGUCCAGUGAUGCACCGGGAAAUGUGUUUUGUGCUUUAUCGCAAAAAUCAUCUUUAAAAGAUUGUAGUGAAAAAACAACCCUGGAUGACAGGCCUCAAGUGCUACAACCACAUCGCCUCAGGUCCUUCAGUGCUUCACAGUCCACAGACAGGGAGGGGGCCUCCCCGGUGACUGAGGUGCGCAUUAAGACUGAGCCCAGCAGCCCACUGUCAGACCCUUCAGACAUCAUCCGCGUUACAGUAGGAGAUGCAGCAGCAGCCACGAGAGACCUGCCUCUGAAAACAGAAGAUGACCACAAGGACAUGAGCAGGCUUCCAGCAAAGAGGAGGUUCCAGGCAGACAGAAGGUCACCCUUCAAGAAGGCAAAGGCAGACGAGCAGGGGCCUCUUGCAUCAGAAGAUAACUGUGAGGACAGCACAAACCCUCCCCUGGACAGAGAUUUCCCAGAUUCUGACUUGAACAAAGACGAAUUUGAGCAAGGCAACCAUGAGCGCCUAUGCCGGAACGCCACCGUUUGCCCUUACUGCAGCCUCAGGUUCUUCUCGCCCGCGCUGAAGCAGGAGCAUGAGGACAGGUGUGAGUAUAAGAAGCUGACCUGCCUCGAGUGCAUGCGCACCUUCAAGUCCUCCUUCAGCAUCUGGCGGCACCAGGUGGAAGUGCACAACCAGAACAGCAUGGCCCCCACUGAGAAUGUCUCCCCGCCAGCUCUGGAGCACAAUGGUGAAGUAACAGCUGCUUCUAGGCCCCAGCCCCAGCCGGAGCCUAAUAAGGUAAAUCACAUCACUACACCAAAAGACGAUAACGCAUUCAGUGACUCUUCAGAGCAAGUGAACUUUGACUCAGAGGAUUCCUCCUGUCUCCCUGAAGACCUUAGUCUUUCCAAACAACUGAAAAUCCAGGUCAAAGAGGAGCCUGUGGAGGAGGCUGAGGAGGAGGUGCCCGAGGCCAGCGCAGCCCCUAAGGAAGCAGGCCCCAGCAAGGAGGCCAGCGUGUGGCCCUGUGAGAAGUGUGGGAAGGUGUUCCCAGCCCACAAGCAGCUGGAGCGACACCAGGAGCUGCUGUGCUCAGUGAAGCCCUUUAUCUGCCACGUGUGCCACAAAGCCUUUCGCACCAAUUUCCGGCUCUGGAGUCACUUCCAGUCCCACAUGUCUCAGGCCACAGAAGAGACGGCACAUAAAGAGGCAGAGGUAUGCCCCGUCCCCACAAACUCCCCCUCGCCACCGCCUCUGCCACCACCGCCACCCCUGCCUAAGAUCCAGCCUCUGGAACCUGACAGCCCCACUAGCCUGCCUGAAAACCCCACCCUGGCCACAGAGAAACUGUUUGCACCCCAGGAGUCGGACACUCUUUUCUACCAUGCCCCGCCCCUUUCAGCAAUCACAUUUAAAAGACAAUUUAUGUGUAAGCUCUGCCACAGGACAUUCAAAACAGCCUUCAGUCUCUGGAGUCACGAACAGACACACAAUUGAGAGACCCACACUUACCCGAUAUGAAAUGGGAGGCCCCUCAAUUGUGAACUGUCCUAAGAAACAAAAUAUUUUUUAAAAAAUAAUAAUAAAGGUUGGAAAUUGU